GUGGCUGCGGCCGCUGUGGGGUGUGGAGCGGCGACUGUUACGAAGACCCCCCACGAGUCUUCAGCUGCUGCUCAUGGCUGGGUCCCGACGCUGUCACGGGACGUCUCUGUAACUCCGUCAUCAUCCUCUCUACUACCAAGGUCAUGUUCACAUGGUGGAUCUCCUGGCUGUGGGCGUGGCUGCUGUGGGCGACGUGCGUGGGCGGCAGUCUGAGGGCGUCGUGGGCGGCAGGGCUGACCCACGAGGCCGCUCAGGAACCUGAAGUAGGGCCAGGUGGUGAGAUCAUGGGUGAGGAGCGUGUGGGCCCAGGAAUGGGUGGGUCGGCGGUGCAGCUCCUGGGGCUGGAGGGAGCACAGCACUUCGCCACGCAGCCCACGCCCCAGACCGCUGUGGUGGGCUCCACCGUCGUCUUCCCCUGCAGGGUCAUCAACAAGGUGGGUCACCUCCAGUGGACCAAGGACGGCUUCGGUCUCGGCACCGAGCGGGACCUGUUCGGCUUCUCCCGCUACGCCAUGAUCGGCUCAGACGAUGAAGGAGACUUCAGCCUGAGGAUCCAGCCGGUGCUGCUGGACGACGACGGGCUGUACCAGUGCCAGGUGAGUGCCAGCGACGGAGUGCCCGGCAUCAGGUCCCACGGCGCCCGCCUUACCGUGUACGUCCCGCCAGAGCCGCCCAUCGUCACCCCCGCCAGACUCACCGCCACCGCCGGGGUCCCCGCUACCGUCCUCUGCCAGAGCUCCGGAGGACGGCCCGCCCCUGAGGUGCAGUGGGUGGACGAGAGUCGUCGCGAGAGCAUCCGGGCGGGGUGGACGACGGAGACGCAGCCGCUGGAGGACGGCAAGAGGGUGAAGGUGGUGUCCACCCUCACCUUCACCCCCCGCCGGGCCCACCACAACGCCUCCCUCACCUGCCUCAUCUCCAACCAGGCCCUCAGCCACCCCCUCACCAGCACCAUCGAGAUGAGUGUUCUCUUCUCUCCGGAGGUUCACCUGAAGGUCCGCCCGCAGCAGGUGGCUGAGGGAGGCCAGGCCACCUUCUUUUGCUCUGCCCGCGCUAACCCGUCCCUCCUCGUGUACAGGUGGUACCGUAACGACCACCUCCUACCAAACGACACUACCAGCAUCCUCACCUUAUACAAGAUAUCCAGAAAUCUUCACCAGAAGUCGAUAUCAUGUGAGGUUUCCAACCAGGUGGGGUCGUCGAAGAAGACGCAGGUGUUACAGGUGCUGUACGGGCCCUUGUUCCGCUCCCUGCCUCACGACGUCAUGGCUGAGGCCGGCACCGACGUCACGCUCAGAUGUGACGUAGACUCCAAUCCGCCCUCAAGCAUCACCUGGCACCGUCACGGCUCUGAUAAGAUCCUCGGGACAGGACGAGAGCUGAGGCUGAGAGUGAAGCCGUCCACAGCGGGGGUGUACAGGUGCGUGGCCUCCGUCAGGGGGUUCCCGGAGGUGGAGGGCGGCCUGCGGGUGCUGGUGAAGGGCCCGCCCACCAUCGUCAGUGCCGGAGAGCAGCGGGGGAGGAUGGGCGGCACGGUGAGCCUGGAGUGUAGCACAGUCUCCAUCCCUAGCCCCAUCCGCGUCACCUGGGCCUACAACGGCAGGGACAUUGACCUCAGUGACCCGAGGUACGAGCUGGUGCAGGACCGGCAGGGCGAGGGGCUCAGGAACCUGCUGGUGAUCCACGACGCCGCCAGCCACGACU